UCCGUCGUGCGACAUGGCUCCCGAUACCUCGCGACCCGUGAGGCCAGAGGCGCCUGCGCAGUUCAAUUUCAUGGGUAUCAUCUUCUCGAAUAGUGCGGACGAGGAGCGGUUUUUCCAGGCAAUGCUCCAGAAUGCACGAAGCAAGCGGACGCUAGAAGAGCGCAUCGAAGCCUUGAAGAGCAACGCCGAGCGUACGAAGUCCGGCCCGCACAUUGCGGCAAGCACGCCUCGGGGGCUGGAAUUCAAGCUAGAGGCGAGGGAAGAGGAUCCAUCUCAGCUUGCGCGGACGACCGACAACGCCGAAGGUCUGAAGCAGCAGAUCGCCGGAAAGAAUGUCCGCAUUCAAGACCUUGAGCGUGAAGUCAUGGACGUCAAGCGUAUCGAGCGAGAGAAGUCCACACUUGUUGAAGAGCUGAAGAACCGCGUUGAGAAUCUUGAAAGCACUGCUUUGUCAGUGAGCACUGACCACUCCGCUGAAGUUGAUAACCUCAAGAAGUCUCUCGGAAAGGCUGUCGAUGCUUGCGACGGCCUGAAGAAAGACCUGGAAGCCGGUGCACAGCGAUCGGCGGAUCUCGAAGGCCAGAACGCUGCACUUCGGAAGAGCUUGAAGGACAACGAAAACCGCGUCAAGCUCGAGAUAGGGCAAGUGAAGGAUCGAGAGGUCCAGCUCGAGCGCGCCGGUGAUGAGCUGAAAGACCUCAAAGCCAAGUUGGAGAAAGAGAAGGCCGCACACGACUCCACCCGCGCCGAACUUGAGGGCGCAGUCAGGAAGAUGGACCUGUCGAUGGAGAAGUUGGAGGCGAAGAAGAAUGAGCUGACGCUUCGGUCAGAUGAGCUCCUGAAAGUCAAGCACGAACUGGAGAAGGUUCAGUCGGAGCGCAAUGGCUUGCAGUCUUCUCUAGUCUCUACCAAGCAAGAUCUAGAGCGGAAGGGCCAUGUUGCGAAGGAAGUCGCUGAGAAGCUUUCCUCCGCAAAAGCACGGAGCACGGAGCUGGAAACUUCCUUAGGUGCAACCCAGGAUAAGCUUGAUGAAGCGGAUAGCAGAAUCGCCCUCCUCAAUACCCAGCUGCAGACCGCGGGCCACGAGCUGCGCUCACUAAAGGCUCAGCUUAAGAAGUCCGAGCAGGGAUCCGACAAGCACACCACCACGGCCUCCGAUGAAGAGAUCUAUGGGAACUGCGUCGACCUGAUUGAGCUCGGCAUGAUGGCCCAGCAGGCAGCUAUGGACCAACUCUCCAGUGAGGCGCUACCGGACAAAAAGGCCAUGAUCCAGGAAAUCCAAGCAGAGAAUCUAGGGUCGGAAGAGCUGGCUAAACAACUUGUCGAGGUCGAGGGUCGCCUGAAUGUAACAAUGCAGGAGGUUGGCCAGAAAAACGCCACGAUUCGCACUCUUGAGACGCGCAUCCAAAAGCAAGAAGAGCAAGACAACGCCAUCCAAAAACAAUUUGAAGCAGACAUACCCGACGCGAAAACUCAGAAAGUCGUCGAAUUUUUGGAGGAGCUCUCAGAGAAGGAACCGAGGCUACGAACCGUUAUCUACAUGAUCAAAGGCAAUCGAGCAUACGUACGCUAUUUGGAGGGGAUCCAAAACAAUGAACGGAAUCGCGAACUACAUGCCAAAAAGCUCGUUGCCGAAAUCAGCGGGCUCAACGAUAAGAUCAAGGACUUGGAGCACGCUCUCGAUGCGGCACGUGGCAGCGAAGGCGUCGCAGAAGUCACCGGGGUAGAGGAGAUCCGCCAUCUAGAGAAUGCGCUGAAGUGCGAGAAGGAGCUCAGCGAGCGGCUCCUUCUCACUCUGCGUAACUUUGCCGGAGAAGCGCACUUUGAAGAUGACGUGACUGAAGAUGACUUCGACUCUGAGAUCUUCCAGGCCAAGGGCGGACGCACGCUUGCUCUGCAGAACGACGUCGCUUCGUCUAAGAUGAUAGCGAAGCUCUUCGCCGAGCUCGCCGCCGUCCGAAAAGACUACAAGACUCUCGAGACCAACAAUCUCAACCUGGCUUCUGAGAAUGAUCGCCUCAAACAGAAGAUCGGCGAUGAGGAGGGCCCCCGUUGUACUCGCUUCGACCCGUUCGAGGACGCUCACGGCAAUAAGAAGCCGAGCAGUUGCUUUUGCCGCUUCUGUGCUGACAAUUCGCGGGGCUGGCAUGCUUGUGCGAGAAAGGUCUCAAAAGAAUGGGCUGGGGAAGAGGCCAACAUGCAGAAGCGUGCUGUUCGUGUUCUGCAGGAGAAUGAAGACCUUGUCCGGCGCGAUCGAGAAACGCACGACCGCAUUGCGCAAUUGAGCCGCGAGAACGAGAUCUUGCUAGCACAGAGCAUGCGUCUGAUGGCAGAAGCGAGCGUCUAUGACAACGCCUGGAUUGAUUUCGUCAACCGGGCUGUGCAAACCGGAGAGGGACAGGCCCAGCUCAUCACUGAGUCGCAAGACUUGCAAUGCCCACAAGCGAAUGUGGAUUCUUACCAGCCAGGUGAGAGCAACCAAGGCCAAGAGACUAACGACGACGACGAUAUGUAUGGACUCAAUCAGGAAAUGCUCGACGAAGACGAAGCCGCGAAACUGCUCCAUGAGCAAUGUGUCUUUAUGGGCGACUUCAUGCCGUAUGGUCAGGAUCUAGAGAAAAAGAAGAGGAGGGAAGAUGAGGCCAAGAAGAAGAAGGAAGCAGAAGACAAGCCGAAGAAGGAAGAGGAGGAUAGGAAGAGGAGGAAGCAAGAAUGGGCGGACAAGGAGAAGAAGGAAGAGGACAUGAAGGAGACAAAGGAGACGAAAGCCGAUGCACCCCAGAAGCCGACCGCAGAGCUCAAGGUCCCAGACGUGAUCGACGAGCAUACGCAAACUUCCACUUCUGAAUCUGAGGGCGAGAAGGUCUUUACUUCUGGGUCGGAGUCUCGCUCCCCUUCUUCCGUAUCUUCCGUCGAUGUGGAUGGUCUUGUGCCACCGCCAGUUCCUACGAGCCCCGAUCCAAAGCCCAUUCCUUAUGAAGAUGAACUGGGAAGGGGUGAGUGGAUAUGGAAUUUAAUUACUGGCAAGUGGCACCGAUGUGGGCUUCUUGACCCUCGCCGUUCGUCGCCGUCUCGUCCCUCUGUGCUUCCUCCCGGGUUGCUCGAGCGAAUUGAGCAGCGAGCAGCUACGUCAGAAGGCGCACCACCCAUGCAUGCUGGCUACGGUGCUAGCCCGUAUAGCGUCAGCGCGUAUGGAGCCAACCCGAAUAGCGGCGGCCCGUAUAGUGCCGGCCCGUCGAGUCUGGAUCGAACCGGUCACGAACAGCUAUCUCCCGGGAUAAGUGCCGCUGAGGCAGAGGAAUCCAAGAUAGUCGAGCAGACGCUGAACAGUCAACACGCAGCUGUGACUCAGGUUGAGGAGGAGAAUCUCAUCGACCUUCACGAUCCUCCGGUAAAUGAUGGCAGCGAGCAGACACCGGCCGUGGGCGGCGCGGUGAUGAACGCAGCUGCCGAAGCCGUUGUCCGACCGCCACCCACUCCCCCUACCACUCCUCCAAAGCAACCUGUUACUCAGAACUCUGGAAUGCUAGCGAGCAAGUGGGCCGUGGCCAGCGAGACGCCUCCUGAGCAGACGAAUGUAGAGCAGACGACUCAGCCCGCACCAGAGGCACCCAACAACCUCAAUAUCCACGGUGCUGCCCAGGGUCGGCAAUCGGAAUUUGCGGCGACUCACCAGUUUAGAGCCAUCACGAAUACGCUCAACGCCAACGUGCAGCUGCCAGCGUCAAACAUUCGCUCGACCGCUCCCGCCGAUACUCGCCCAGAUCCCACACCUCUAGGCGCGCUACUCGAGCCCCGAGAACUGCCUUCUAUCGCGAAGAAGAAGGAGGUCUAUCGUGGGCCAAGUGGCCUGGGAGGAAGCAAAUACGCCACCGGCACCGACAAUCAGCAGGCGCCUCUGAAGAAUGACAUCAAGAAGGCGGCUGGGGGAAUACCAUUUGGUGGCAACACGCGAGAGAGCCAGACCCCGGAGGCUACCGGUGCCUUAGGUCAGCGGCCUUCUAACUUCCAGCCUCACGGCGGGCGCGCCCGUGGAGGACACAACUACCCUAGCCGAAACGGCGACCCUGCCCGACGAAACGAGACCGACAAUGCUCGCAAUAACCGUGGACCUGGGGGCAGCUAUCAUAACGGACGAUCGGGUAGUGGAGGCCGCGGCGGUUGGGUCAACAAGGGCGGAUACCGCGGGAAGAAGGGCCAUGGCCGUCCACGCGGCGAGCCGCAACACUAAAUCCAAUAUCAGAGAGGGGAUGAAAAUGUACGAUGCGACGACGAUACAACACGGCUUCCGGUUCUUCGAGUUUCGAUAUGGCAUAUGUGCACGCAGAGCGACAAAGGAUGCCUGACACGACAAGGUCCCCAGUCCAAGGUAUCAGAGAUUACAGCCCGGGAGAGAGACACGAGAGCAUAUGUACGAUGAUGUCUAGCAAAGAGACACCAGAAGAGCAGUCGAUCGGCCAACCACGAUCCUGCUUUCUGCUCAAUUUCCACGCCGACCUGCCCAACCUCAAUUCCCGAAUCGAUCAAAUACAUCUGAUCUUCGGCAUUGUGCAUGGAAUAGCAGGCGUGCUUUUUCUCCCUGCAAGGACGUACACAUGCUGGCUCCCAUCUACCAAACCGCAUUGUAAGUAGAUUCUCUCUUAUCCUUUCAUGCUGGUCUAACGCUG